AGAUGCCGUGGAGGUUGUGGCUGGUCUGUAUGAUCAGGUGGAUGAGCUGGUUCACAAGCUGGUGAUGCUGUCCAACCAACGCACUCAGGAACUGGACUUUAUCAUGGAGUUCAAGAGUCUGGAGCAGGGAUUCAAGGAGGGAGGCGAGGCGCUGCUGAAACGUCUCGAACGUUGGGAAGACUUGUCGUCAGCCGAGCUGCAGGUGUACGAGGUCAAAGUUCGAUCCUUCUGGGUCCACCUGUUUUAUCACGACUUCUCCCAGAGGGUAGAAGACACCAAGACCAACAUUGACAAGACCGUUUACGUCUCUACGAGUUCUUCGACAAGCCAAACCGACCAACAGCCCUGUGCUCUGACGCGUAUUCUAACCCCUCCAGCCAAACCGACCAACAGCCCCGUGCUCUGA